CUUGUUUUCAGAAGUGCGUUUGUGCGGGAGGAGGCGGAGGAGGAGGAGGCGGCGGCGGAGAGGAAGGACGCCAGCCCGGACCGGCUGCGAGGCGCGAGGGAGGACGCGGCUCGCCAGCUCCUCGGAGCUUGUGAAGAGCCCCACAAAAGAGAGGGCGAGAGAGGAGGAAAGCGGGGUGGCGGGAGGAGGAAGAUUCAGGAGGACUGCCCCGUACUCCAUGAUUAUCGAGAGGAUCAUGGCUUUUUAAGGGGAAAACAUCCUUCCCGUAUAUUGUCGUUGGCCCCGGUUUGGAAACGCAGGGACCCUUAUUGCGAAGGAAAUCGGAUUUUUUUGAAAAAAGAGGGAGAAGGAAACGGGGGCGCAGUUCGAGCCAGGGGGGCAUUGUGAGGGUUUUAUGCAACCAGGUUGCUUUACCGGUAAUUAAAAACAAAAUCAAAAUCAAAAGCCCUCUCCAGGCGCCCCCCCCCCCCGCUCCCGCCACCCUUUCGCAUCUUUAGGCAUGAUCUCGCUUGUUUUGCAAAUGGGGUGGGUUGUUUUAAAAGUGUGAACGGCGCGAAAGGAAAAGAGAAAGUUUAAAUGAAAGCACACAAGGAGCGGGGCAAAAAGCACAAGAAGCUUGGAUAGUGGGUUUAAAUUGUAUUUAUUGAUUUGCACAACGUCUGUGUGUGUGUGAGAGAAAGAGAGAGAGGAGACCCCAAAUUGCAAUUGAUAAAGGGGCCGGAAAAAGGGGAAAGGGUUUGCUAGAGGCGAGGUCAAGAUCUCUGGGCGUCCAAAGUGGGUGUUUAAAAAAAAAUAGACUUGGAAGUUGCCGCAUUGCAACAGGCAAAGAAGUGAGAAAUCAAAUAAUCGAUUCGCGUGCUGCUGUUUCUGCUGCCGCCGCCGCCGCCGCUUCGCCAGCAAAGUUUCCAAGUGGGAGAAGGAAGAGGAGGGGGAAAACAAGAGAGGAAAAGGAGGAAGGGGGGAAGAAGAGAGGAAGAGGAGGAGAGAGAGGAGGAGGAGGGAAGGAAGGAAAAAAGCGAAGAAUAUCAGAGCUGGAAAUGUCCAGAAGGAAGCAAGCCAAGCCGCGCUCGGUGAAAGUUGAAGAGGGCGAGUCGUCGGAUUUUCCAUUGAACUGGGACUCAUCAGUGACGCAAUCAGGUAAAGAUGGAGGCUUGGGAAGAGAACUGGAAAAUGAUACGAGGGAGAGCCGGGCUCUGGAAGAGAGGAACAGCGUUACAAGUCAGGAAGAACGAAAUGAGGAAGAUGAAGACAUGGAGGAUGACUCAAUUUACACCUGCGAUAACUGUCAGCAGGACUUCGACUCUCUGGCAGACCUGACGGAUCACAGGGCACACAGCUGUCCUGGAGAUGGCGAUGACGACCCACAGCUCUCCUGGGUGGCUUCAUCUCCCUCCAGCAAAGACGUUGCAUCACCCACUCAGAUGCUAGGAGAUGGGUGUGAUCUCGGCAUCGGGGAGGAGGAAGGGGGGACCGGCCUGCCGUAUCCCUGUCAGUUUUGCGAUAAGUCCUUCAUUCGCCUGAGCUACCUUAAGCGGCACGAGCAGAUCCACAGUGACAAGCUACCUUUCAAAUGCACCUACUGCAGCCGGCUUUUCAAGCACAAGAGGAGCAGGGACCGGCACAUCAAGCUGCACACGGGGGACAAGAAGUAUCACUGCCACGAGUGUGAGGCAGCCUUCUCUCGCAGCGACCACCUCAAGAUCCACCUGAAGACGCACAGCUCCAGCAAGCCCUUCAAGUGUACCGUUUGCAAGCGCGGCUUCUCCUCCACCAGCUCUUUGCAGAGCCACAUGCAGGCCCACAAGAAGAACAAGGAGCACGUGGCCAAGAGCGAGAAGGAGGCCAAGAAGGACGACUUCAUGUGCGACUACUGUGAGGAGACGUUCAACCAGACGGAAGAGCUGGAGAAGCACGUCAUGAUGCGGCACCCACAGCUCUCGGAGAAGGCCGAUCUGCAGUGUAUCCAUUGCCCGGAAGUAUUUGCGGAUGAGAACGCCUUGCUUUCCCACAUCCACCAAGUCCAUGCCAACAAGAAACACAAGUGCCCCAUGUGCCCAGAGCAGUUCUCUUCAGUGGAGGAAGUCUACUGCCACCUGGAUAGUCACCGGCAGCCUGAUUCCAGCAACCACAGCAUCAGCCCAGACCCCGUCUUGGGCAGCGUGGCCUCCAUGAGUAGCGCCACCCCAGACUCCAGCGCAUCCGUGGAGCGGGGCUCCACUCCUGACUCGACGCUGAAACCACUGCGAGGGCAAAAGAAGAUGAGAUCCCUGGAAAGAGAAGAGGGGCAGACCUGGUCCAAGGUUGCCUACAGCUGCCCGUACUGCACCAAACGUGACUUCAACAGCCUUGCGGUCUUGGAGAUCCACCUGAAGACCAUCCAUGGGGACAAACCCCAGCAAAGCCACACGUGCCAGAUCUGCCUUGACUCCAUGCCCACCUUGUACAACUUGAAUGAGCACGUGAGGAAGGUGCACAAAAACCACGCCUACCCAAUGAUGCAGUUCAGCAACAUCUCGGCCUUCCACUGCAACUACUGUCCGGAGAUGUUCGCGGAUAUCAACAGCUUGCAGGAACACAUCCGUGUGGCACAUUGUGGACCGGGCACCACAGCUCCGGAUGGCAGCAAUGCCUUCUUCUGCAACCAGUGCUCCAUGGGCUUUCUGACAGAAGCCUCCCUGACCGAGCACAUCCAGCAAACACAUUGCAACAUAGGAAACUCGAAAUUGGAUUCUCCCGUGGUCCAGCCAUCGCAGUCUUUUAUGGAGGUCUAUUCCUGCCCAUAUUGCACAAACUCGCCCAUUUUUGGCUCCAUCCUCAAGCUAACCAAACAUAUUAAAGAAAACCACAAGAAUAUUCCCCUGGCCCACAAUAAGAAGUCCAAAGGGGAGCAGAGCCCGGUUUCUUCUGAUGUUGAGGUUUCGUCCCCUAAACGGCAGCGACUCUCUGCAAGUGUCAACUCUGUUUCAAAUGGUGAAUAUCCUUGCAAUCAGUGUGAGCUGAAGUUCUCCAAUUUUGAAAGCUUCCAGACUCAUUUGAAGUUGCAUUUGGAAUUGUUGCUAAGGAAGCAGUCCUGCCCUCAGUGCAAAGAGGACUUUGAUUCGCAAGACUCACUCCUGCAGCACCUCACUGUCCAUUACAUGACGACCUCCACUCAUUAUGUAUGUGAGAGUUGUGACAAGCAGUUUUCAUCAGUGGAUGAUCUACAGAAGCAUUUGCUAGACAUGCAUACUUUUGUGUUGUAUCACUGUACUCUGUGUCAAGAGGUUUUCGACUCCAAGGUCUCCAUCCAGGUGCAUCUGGCAGUGAAGCACAGCAACGAGAAGAAGAUGUAUCGAUGUACAGCCUGCAACUGGGAUUUUCGGAAGGAGGUGGACCUUCAGAUCCACGUGAAGCAUAGCCAUUUGGGCAACCCUUCAAAGUCACACAAAUGCAUCUUCUGUGGGGAGACCUUUAGCACUGAGGUGGAGCUUCAGUGCCACAUUACAACCCACAGUAAGAAAUACAACUGCAAGUUCUGUAGCAAAGCUUUCCACGCUAUUAUCCUGCUGGAAAAACACUUGCGAGAGAAACACUGUGUCUUCGAUGCCAGCACCGAGAAUGGCACAGCCAACGGCAUGACACCCACCAACAAGAAGGCUGACUCUGCAGAAAUCCAGAACAUGCUGAUGAAAAAUCCAGACACGUCAAACAGCCAUGAAGCUAGCGAGGAUGACGUUGAUGCUUCUGAACCCAUGUACGGCUGUGAUAUAUGUGGGGCAGCUUAUACCAUGGAGGUCCUUCUGCAGAACCAUCGCUUGAGGGACCAUAACAUCCGACCAGGAGAGGAUGACUGUUCCAGAAAGAAAGCCGAAUUUAUUAAAGGUAGUCACAAGUGUAACAUCUGCUCGAGGACCUUUUUUUCAGAAAACGGCCUCCGGGAGCACAUGCAGACCCACCGAGGCCCGGCAAAACACUACAUGUGCCCCAUUUGUGGAGAACGCUUUCCAUCCCUUCUGACCCUGACUGAGCACAAAGUCACUCACAGUAAGAGCUUGGAUACAGGAACGUGCCGGAUCUGCAAAAUGCCUCUGCAGAGCGAAGAGGAGUUCAUUGAGCACUGCCAGAUGCACCCUGAUCUUAGGAAUUCCCUCACUGGAUUUCGCUGUGUUGUCUGCAUGCAGACGGUCACCUCAACUCUCGAGCUGAAAAUCCACGGAACAUUCCAUAUGCAAAAGUUGGUCGGGAACUCGGCGGCAUCAUCUCCCAAUGGCCAGGCCUUGCAGAAACUCUACAAGUGUGCUCUGUGCUUGAAAGAUUUCAGGAACAAGCAAGACUUGGUGAAACUGGAUGUUAAUGGGCUACCGUAUGGUCUGUGUGCUGGAUGCAUGACAAGGACCACCAAUGGACAAUCCUUGGCCAUGACCGCACCGGAAGUUAGCGAAAGACCUUGUGGCAGCCUGAGGUGCCCAGAGUGUAGUGUCAAAUUUGAAAGUGCCGAAGAUUUGGAGAACCACCUCCAGCUGGACCAUCGAGACCUGACACCCGAGACCAGUGGCCAAAAGAAGGGUACCCAGACGUCCCCCGUCCCCAGAAAAAAGACCUAUCAAUGUAUCAAGUGCCAGAUGACCUUUGAGAAUGAGAGAGAGAUACAGAUUCACGUCGCUAAUCAUAUGAUUGGUGCAGCCCCAGCCCCAAAUGGUGAGGUCUUGCAUUCUUUUCCAGCUCCUGGAUUACUGGAGAGGAGGAUUAUGAAAAAUGCCAUUACAGGUAGGAGAUGCAGUACAGUAUUCAUGUUUAAAAGAGGCCUCACACAUCACCCCAUUUCAAAAACUCAGUAUAGCUGCUGUUUCCAAGAAAGGAUUCUUUUAAGCGAAUCCCUAAAACUGUGAAGGGCAUUUCAAAGGAACCGGUCUUCAACAUCUAGGAAUCACACUCGCUUUAUAUUCAUCCCUGCAGUCCAUCAGACAGUUACCUGGAAUGGCUGUAGCUUGCUUUAUAUAUGUAGAAGGGCCUGUAUUUAUGGUUAAGAAUGAAAACAUGUAGGCCAAAUACAUUUAAGGAACAUUCUAUUUGUGUGGCAUUUGAUCAUGUUUGAGUAGAGUCCGUUGGUUUCCGUAGAUGUUGGGUAAAGUAAAAUGUUAUUUUUGUGGAGGAGGAAACUUUCCAAGAAAGAGUUGUUGUACUGGAAAUGCUGUGCAUGCAAACCAAACUUUGAAAAAUGUUAAAGGGUGACAUCAUAGGCCAUUCAGUUCGAGGCGCACACACACAUGUGCAUGCAUGCACACCAGGUUUGGAUCUUACAGGCAUUUGUGUGCAAAUCUGUGCAAGGGUUCUUGUUGGUCAUCCCUUCCUGCUUCAACUCCCUAGGCCAAUAUGCUGUUCUCCCCCAAAGGGUUCCCCAGUCUUCUGGAAAAAGGUACCAUCCACCUCUAUGAGUGAAGUCGAUUCUCCGAUACAAAACAAUAUGGGAGGCUUAGCUCAUUCCUGCUAGAUGGAGUCACAGUCACCACUUCCUGAUUUGCCACAUGGAUCUGUCUGGAAGCACCCGUAAGCGAAAAAUCCAUGUGUUGCCAGCAGGAUCAAAGGCAAGGAAGUAUAGUUCUUUGUCGUGGCCCCUGUGCACCACACAUGUGGGCUUUGCUGCAGAGAGCAAGGCCUAGAUCAGAGAGAAACUUCCAAAGCUAAGCGUUACGGAGUGGGCGGGAGCCCCCAGGAAGGCAUCUCUGGAGGCAUGCUGCGCACGCCUGCGAACAACCAGGAGUCUGGUGACUGCACUGUUUCAGUGUGUGGGUCGUGUCGAUGCCCUCUGCUGCCUCAGUUGUGGCAGGACAAUCACAGCUCUGGCUAUUGUGGUCACUUAGGUUGCCUGGUUCUCCUGUAGGUCAGAUCUUUAGCAAGGUUUAGGAGUAGGAGAAUUUCACAGGGGUUAGCUAGCUGAUCAGCACCAUGGAAAGCACCGAGUCAGGGUGGGUUGCUUAAAUGUUGCUCCAACAGGGAGCAGAUCGAGACUGAGCGCUAAACAGGCUGUCCUUUAAGCUAGUUGGCUCCACUUUUGCAAUGAUUAAGGCGUUGUCUCUUAACAGGGUCUGGCCUGUUUCAGCUUCUCAGACUGCAGCAGGGCAUGAGUGCCUGUGUAUGUACUGCUCUUGCAGCUAAAGUCUGAAGACAGCCCUUCCAGCUCUUUUCAUUGCAGAGAAGACAACCCCUGAAAUCUUUCCAGGAAUCUGAAUGAUGGAAGUGGGCGCCUUGCGGUACCUUUAAAUGGCCACAAUGAUGUGUGAGGAAUCCAGGUUGGGUGUGAAAUCCGCUGAAUUUCCCCUGCUUGGCUCCCUGGUCUCUGGCCCACUUUCUCUUUGUCCCAAGUCUGCUAUGCGCUGAGCUUUCAUAAAAGUGUAUGGCAGGAAGCAAGUCUGCAGAGUCAGCUUGUGCAGAGUCAGCUUGUGCAAGCAUAAGAGAGCCAGAUUCCGGCCUGAUCUUCUUGUCCCUACAUGGCUGAAUACUUUCCCCAUACUGUUAGAACUCCUUUUUCUGAGGAUCUGGUGAGGAUGAGUGUUUGGAGUCCUGGGCCAUGGCACUGACACCUUAAAAGUGGGGUGGGGAAGCUAUGGUCCACCGGAUGUCACUGUACUUCAGCUCCGAUCAGCCCCAGCCAGCCUGCCCAGUGGUCAGAAAUGACAGGUGUUGCAGCCCAACAGCUGCAGGGCCACAGCUGUCUUACACCUGCUUUAAAGACCAACAAAUAUCUUGUGAAAUGAGCUUUCCUCUGCCAGAGGCCACUUCCAUCAGCAAAAACGUAUGUCAUCAUCAGUGUGUUUGUCUUUAAGGAGCCAAAGGCAUCUUUCUUGUCUUUGCUGCAGCCCAGACGUAUCCCUCCGGAAGGGUUUUCAUUAAAUAUCCUCAGGGCUUACUUUAUUCAUAAGCCAAGGAGGGAAAGUUCAUGGAAGGAAAACAGGGGUUAAGCAUACAGAACAGGUUCUCAAACCAAACGAAGCUCAUGCACUACAAUUCUACCUGCACCAUCUUCACAACUAAGGCCAUUGAGAGGGCAGCAUGGCUAAAUAGCAGGGAGCAGAUCAAGUUUCUCCCUGCUACUUUCUCCAGGGCCCCUGCAACAGAUCUUUCCCAUCGCCUGCUAACUGGAGAAAUGAGGAUUGAACCUCAAAUCUUGUGCAUACAGAGGACUUUGCAGCUCCAUUUUUCAUCUGGCUCAUGGCCAUCUCAAUGGAAAAUCUGUUCCUCAUGGAAGGGAGGAAGGAAUGUCUGGAACAGUCUUUGUACGCAGCCGUGUUCUGCACAAUCGAAGCUCCAGACCAUGUGGAGGACUUGUAUGAGUUAGAAUAAGUAACCCCCACUGCAAAAUGGGGGUCCCCUCCAAAAUGUAGUGGGGGUAUGACCAGAGAAAAUGGGCCAGCCCUUCGCUCUGCCUCCCACAGUUCUCACUGUGUGGUGGCUUUAAUGCUCGAAUGAGACCUGUUUGUUGCUUAAAUCAGUUCUCCUUUUCCUUAGGGCUUCUUUCAAAGACAACCCAUUCACAAGACACGGGCAUCUUUCUUGGAGCCUGCUAUGCUCCUGAACAUCCUGAAUUUUAAGACAUUAAAACUUGUUUAAAAACUUGGGUGAUGGCUUGCUGCAAAGCAAAGUGCCAUCUGUUCUGGGGUUCAGCAGAAGGGUUCUGUAUUUGGGUGACCAAACCUCACUUCUGCCUUCUACUUAGGUAGCUAGGUAAGUCUCUUCCUUUCAGUCUUAUCCAUUUACUUUCCCCUUGUAGCUGCCAUGUUAUGAGUGGGCAAUUCCCCCACCCCUGCUUUGCAGCCAUUUGUAAGAAUGCCCACAACAUCUUCUCAAAGUUCCACAUGAGUUCACCAACCCAGAAAGCUUCAGGACUCCUGUUGUAUAAGCAUUCUCCCUGCCUGGCCAUUGGCAGCUGGGUUCUGCAGCCCAUUUCGACCACCCAAUGACAGGUCGGAUUCUUCUGUUGUCCCCAGAUAAGCCAUCCAUCGCAGGCUGGGGUCUUCAGAGUGGGCACUCCAUGGUUCCACCGUUGGACACUUUGCUGUUACUUACUGUGCACAUCUUGCUGUUUGGUUUGCGUUCAGAGUUAACCCAAAAAGUAUCCCAACUGCAUUGCACAACUUGCUCAAGAAUUUUUUUACUGAUCAUCCUAUUUAUAGAUCUUGCCCUCUUCCAAAGGACCCAAGAUUGCAUGCUCCUCCUCCUCUACAUUUUACCCUCACAACAACCCUCUGAGGUAGUUUAAUCUGAGAGGCAAUGACUGAACCAAGUCACCCAAUGAGCAUCAUAGCUGAAUGGGGACUAGAACACAGAUCUCCUGAGUUCCAAGCCAAGCCAAGCCACACUGUGUGUCUUAAUAAAUAUGUUUUUUACAGUACAGAAAAAUCCUGGGAAUGUUUUUGAUCUGUUCCCCCUCUGUGUGAAUGCAUCUUUUAAAAGUCACUAAUUACUUAUAUAUCCAAUAGUAAGAAAUGUUUAAAAUAUACAGCCCAGCAGUUAAGUAUGUUAAUAGGGAAUUAUUAAAGUGAAGUGUGAUUCUUGUCAUGAGCCUUAAUAGGUCCUCUAAAUCUGUUUUGAUUUAUUGCGUCAAUGUGGGAGGCAUUAAUAUCUCUUGUCACAGCCUGUAAUGCUUGCAGAUUUUCCAGGUUUUGGCUUAGGGUCCACUUGGAGCUGUUAGACUCGAAUGGUGCAAGAAUGGGCACUGCAGUUGAACGCUUCCUGGUGUGCCAGAAGUCCUCAUGAAACCUUGGCCACACAAACCUUGCAGCACCUGUGGAGUCCUGAGGUGUGGGGGAGGUGGGGAACAUACGCACAACCUGAGAGCGUCAUAUAUUUAAAAGAAAUCACCCCAUACCACUGAAAUAUUUAGUGGCUCUAAAACUCUCCACUGUGGUGGGACUUCAGCUUUGGAGAGGGAUUUGAACUAAAACCUUGUGUUAAGAAAUACUGCCAUGGGAGUCCCUCCGAUCUUACUAGAAAAUGUGCUCUUGGGAGAUGCCCCAACCUGCCAAAGUUUAGGCAACACAAACCGUUCACUUAUUUUUACAGCGAGUGCCCGCAGUCGCUUGUUCAGCUGCACCUUGAAGGCAGGGCAGUGGGGAGAAGCGAUCCUGUUUCUUGGGGGUCUGUCUUUCUCAGCAAAACAAUUUAGCACAGCCCAUGCAACACAGCACGAACUAAAACAUUUUUACAGUUCUCGUAGUUCUUCUAAUCUUCUUCACCAUGUCCUGCAACUGCUAGAAAAAUCUGGUUGAUGUUCCGUAGAAUCUCACUUCCUACAGCAAUGCUUGGGGAAUCAUUUUUCUGUUUGGUGCCGGAUCCCGCCAGUGGGUUGCCUGUCAGCAGUGGACAGCAGCAAACCAAGGUGUGGGUGAGGCGAAAUUCAGUGGUGGAUAGAACAACGUCCUUUUUUUCUCCUCCUCCUCU